AUGGAAAUGACGAGCUACAGUCUUUGUAUCACGCUUCCAGUCAUCGAAGACCUGACGAUAGGGUCGUAUGGUGUGCUCAGUUGCAUGGUGGACAGCAAGUUCGACAAGAUUCUUGCAUGGGUGUGGCCCCAAAGGAAGCAUACCAGAAGUAAUGGAGCGCUGUCAUUGCGUUCAAGUGUUCUUAUGACCGAUGGAGACGCAUACUUCUUCAUUAAAGAAAAGGAUCCGGUGGAUGACGAGCAAGACGGUGGCAGUGACGGAGACGGGUUCGUCGUUGUCUUGAACGCAAGGAGUCCGCUCAGCGCCUUCUUCUCUCUCUAG